GCUACUAUCAGUAUCACCCCUGCUCCGGCCUCGCGUCCGGCACUCCUGCUUCAAAACCUCGAUUCUUGUUGGCUUCUCUCGUCGCCCGACCGACCCCCAGCAGCCACCCACCCAGCCGCGCCAAUGAACAUCUUGAACCAGCCCAUCGGCCCCGGCGGCGCCCACGCGGCCUUCCCGGCCGGCGCUGCCGCCAAGGACGGCGGCAUGCCGGCGUCGCUCCGCUUCGACGUCGGCCCCAGCACCGCCCACCGCGCCCCAAGGCGGCAGACGCAGACGCUGCUUCGGGCCAGCAGCAGCAGCUACGUCGGCGCCGGGCACGCGGACGAGGCCGCGGUCCAGAGCGCGGCGGAGCAGCAGAAGGCCGUCGUGCCGCCGUUCCAGCCGGUCACGCUCAACUUCCUGCGCUCGCUGCUGGACAGGGACAGCAUGACGUCCAUCGCGGAGGAAGGCGGCGAGGGCGCCGGCGUGGCCGCGGCCGCGCCCCCGCUGCACGCGCUGCGCGUGGUCGUGUCGUCCGCCGUGGCGCUCGACGCGCGCCAGACCGAGCUCAUCGCGCGCAAGAUGCGCCGGAUCACCGGCUUCGUCAACCUCGCCAUCGAGAACGUGGUGGAGCCGUCGCUCAUCGCCGGCUUCGUCGUCUGCUACGGCCUCGACGACUCGCACACCAUCGACCUCAGCGUCCGGGGCCGCCUCGCCGCGCUCAAGAACCGCGUCGACAGCUCCGACCACGACGACCGCCUGCACCCGCGGACGCCCGCGCCGCUCCAUUGAUCCGGCCCACCAUCCAUCCAUCCAUCAAUUAUACCCGCACACACAUACC